AUGGGUGGUGUCUCGUCCAUUCACAGGGACGACGACGACGACGCGGUGGUCAACCACGACUUGCCAACGCCUCCUUCGCCUGCACCAGCCUCGCCGUCGCCUGGCCCUGCCACCGCCGCUAACACCCCGCACACUCGCCGCCGCAUCCCGUCGCUCACGAUCGUCCCGCCAUCGUCUUCGCCGGCCGGCACGCUCGUGGUCUCGCCAGGAUCGGGCUCGGCCUCGGGCCCGCCGUCGACGUACGGCACCCCGCGCGGGGCUUUCUCCACCGGCUCGAUGGCCGACGUUGUGUUCUCAGCCGGCGGCACGGGCGACGAUCCGGACUCGCCACAUCCCGUCGCUGACUCGGAGCCUGACGAUCCGGAUCAAGCCUUUGUCACCGUCCUCCGCGACCUUGCAGGCGAGGCGCAGCGCUUGCCAGGUGUUGAGACGGCCAUGCCCAAGCCCGUGUUGUCUGCGGACGAGGGUCGUGCUGAGACUGGCGAGCCCGGCGGCAACGAGCUCAAUGUGGUCGAGUACGACGACAUUGGCGGCCCGCCGCCGCGGACGACACCCGCUGGCUCGCGUGCGCCGUCCCCGGCGCCGGACGAGUUUGCCAUUGCUGCCGCAGCUUGCGUCCCCGAGCACGUUCUGCCGUCGUCGGACACACCGCCGGAUCCGUACCUCUACGACGCGAUCAUUGGCUACGACGAAGACCGCAUGCACGAGUUCAAGGCUGUCCAGCGAGCGCGGACUCCGGUCCGUCGCAUUUCUGACUACCUCUCCAAGUACCUCAACUCGCUCAUCAACACCAACGGCGGGUGCGUGUACUUUGGCGUCACCGACGACGGAGUCAUCAAGGGCGUUGUCCUCAAUCGCUCCAAUCGCGACGACCUUCGCCUCGCCACUGACCGCGUCCUUCACGACAUGUGGCCGCCUGUUGACUCGUCGCUCAUCGCCAUUCGCUUUGUCCCGGUUCUCAACGCACCGGCCUACCCCACCUUUGUUGUCGAGUUCCACAUUGCCCGCGGCCCGGCUCCGGUCUAUCUCAUUGGCCGCAACAAGCCGACGGCAUACAUUCGCCGUGACUCGUCGACCUACGUCAUGCCGAUGCAGCUCAUUCUCGAGCGCAUGAACGCUCCACCGGGCACGGCUGCCGCCCUCGGUGCGCCGCCCCAGCCGUCUGGCCCGACCUCGCGCCUCAACACCUCACAGUACAAGAUCAUCACCCACGGCUCGGUCCCGUCGGCCCGCGAUGGGCUCGUGGGUGCCACCCUUGACGACAUCCGGUCCGAGGCCUCGCCCAUCAAGGCUGUUGUUGUCGCCGGACCGCCCGGCAUUGGCAAAGCCUCGUUUGCCCGCCAGCUUGUCGCCGGUCUCUCCGACGACUACCCGCGACAGUUUUCCAUCUCGCUCCGGGUCACGCCGACGACCUACCUCACGCCUGCCGAAGCGCGCGCCUUUGUCGUCCGCGCCUUUUACCCCAACCUCGGAUCGCUGCCCGUCCACGCAGCCGAGCUCGACGGCCUGUACCUCUCGUGCUUCCACGGCGAGCCAUCGCUGCUGCUUCUCGAAGACGCGCCGUCGGCAAAGCUUGUCCACGAACUCUUGCCGUCAUCGGCCUGCUGCGUCGUGGUCACCGCCGCGGUGCCCAUUGCUGUCACUGAUGUCCCAGCCGUCGACGUCCGCCUCGAUCCGCUCGACCACAGCGACUCGGUUGCUUUUCUGCGGCACGCCAAUCCGGAGCUCUCGCCGGACCAGGCGUCGUCGGUCGCCGUCCUCGCGGGCGGCUUCCCGCUUGCGCUCACAGUCAUCUCGGCACUCCUCCGCAAGCGGGCUCACCUCCCGCUCGAACCGCUCCUUGACCGUCUCAAUAACGUCGAUCUCUUUGCGCUCUCCGAUUCGUCGCUUGGUGCUGCGCUUGUUGCCUCGCUCGCCACCCUCUCGCACACCCAGCAGCUGCACUUUGUAGGCCUCGCCACGUUCCACGCAGACUUUGACGUCGACGCCGCUUCCCAUGUCCUCUGCCUUGACCACGAUGCUGCGUCGGAGCUUCUCGCCGAGCUUCACCACAUCUUCCUCGUCCGCUACGCGCCAAGCACUGGGCGCUACUCGCUUCAUCCACUCGUUCGCAAGUUUGUGGUCCACGAGCUCGCCGCCCUUGGCGCCGGUUCAGUGCCGGGGCCCGAGACGCGCGUCGAGCUCUCCCAGCCCGCUGCGCCGUCGCCGGCCCGACCGCGGCCCUCGCAUGAAAAUCGCCCACGGAUUGCGGUGCCGGCCCGCGGUAGCGAUGUCGGUCACGUCUCGGACGCCUUGGAGCCACAAGCUACUGCCUGGCCAAAGGCGCCGGGCAUGUACUUUCGGGCCCGGUUCAUCGAGUAUUGCGCGGACAAAGUGGUCGAGCUCGCCGAGCUGCCUGACUUUGCAGCCGCCUUUCGGGCGUUUGUCGACCUCGAAGCGAGCAUCAUGCACGCGCUGGAAGAGUGCGUGCGGUACUCGCGGCUUCCGUGUGAGCUAGAGGCAGCAGGACCCGAGCCUCGCGUCGGGCUUGCGCCUCUGCACCAGCCCCCACCGCAGGCUCAGCCGCAGUGGAUGCCAGCCGAGGUCCAGGCUUCGCUCGAUGCGCUCCGAGUUGUUCGCGGCGUGGCGCCGCCCGAGGACCUGAUGGCGCAGAUGAUCAUUUCCGGCGGACGGCUGCUGCGGGCACGCUUCCCUCCAGCCACCUACAUCGGACUCGUCCUCUCGCUUCGCAAGGUGCUUCUCGCUGCCGAUCCAGAGAGCAUCGACUCGCCGGUGGCGUCGCUCGCGCGGCUAUUCUCGCCUCGCAUGUGGGCGCACGAUGCCACAGACUCCAAGCUCGCGGCUGUCCACCACGAGCUUGGAGUGGCGUACGCCAGCGACGGGCAGAUCGCGCCGGCGUCCGAGGCCUUUGAAGCUGCGCUCAAGCUACGGCGCAGGCUCGCAAAGCGGCUGCCGGCCAUCGUUCCUGUUUUGACGGAGAGUCUGUACGAGUACGGCAUGGCGCAGCUGCAGGCGUGCCACUACCACGGCGCACACGCGCUCCUUGCCGAGGCUGCCGAGCUGGGGAGCUCGGACGAGGGCUCACUGGUCCAAGCGCGAGUUGAGCUCGGCCUCGCCUCGGUUUGCCGCGAGAUGGCGCAGUACGCCAAGGCGGACGCGUUGCUCCGACAUGCUCUUGAGGUGCUGGAGGCCAUGGAAGCGCCUGACCACGGGCGGGCGACGUCUGGCGUGGCAGAUGUCCGUGCGGCGUGCCUCGACCUUGUCGGCCAGCUGCGUCAGGCGCAGGGCCGCUACGGCCAGGCUCGACGGGCGCUCACCCGGGCGCUUGCGAUCAAGGCUGAGUUGGCCGGCCCCGAGUCUGCUGGCGUCGCUGCUACCCGCAUGCUCCUUGCCAGUGUCUAUGGCGCCGAGUCCAACUACAACGCGUCUGAGGACGAGCUCGAGCAGGCGCUCGCCAUCCGCCGCGACCUCUUUGGCCACGACCACCCGCUGGUGGCCAACACGCUCCGGCAUCUCGCCUUUCUCAACUUUUACUCGUUUGACGACUACGAGCGUGCCGAGUCGCUCUACGAGCAGGCGCGCGACAUAGUUUUGGCAUCGGUUGGAACGCAUCACGCCGAGUACGCAGCAAUCAUCAAUGACAUGGCACUCAUCGCCUCGUAUCGUCACGAGUACGACACUGCGUCAGCGCUCCUUCACCAGGCGCUCGACAUCCGGACGGCUCUCUUUGAUGAAAACCACCCGCUGGUGGCGGCGGUGCUCAACAAUCUCGGCAACGUUCAUCGCCGACUGAAGGACUUUGACGAGGCCAAGCGGUACCUCAACGCGGCACUCGCUAUCCGCACACAGCGGUUUGGCGAGAUGCACCCCGAGACUGCACGGACGCUCCACAACGUUGGCAUGCUCCACCUCUAUCUCCGAGAGUACGAUCUAGCGCACAAUCUCCUCGGGCGCGCACUCGAAGUCCGCUCGACGCUGCUCGGGCCGAACCAUCCCGAGGUUGCUUCGGACCAUUCGGCGCUCGGCUCGUACUGGCUCCACCGCAAGGAUCUCCCCGCCGCCGAGGCCGCGCUCCUCGAGGCGCUGCGGAUCAACAAGCUCUCACUCGGCGCCUCACACCGCAACGUCCUCCACAAUCUUUCGGCACUGCAGACCGUCUACGCUACACGCCACGAUUAUGCCACUGGCGAGCCAUACGUCCAGGAGGCGGUCUCGCUUGCAUGCGCCAAGUUCGGCGUGGAGCAUCCGCGCGCCGUCCGCGCCAUCAAGGCGCUCCUCCGGUACUACUCGUCAUGGCUCAAGCACGUGGCGCGGACCGAGCCACGGCCGAGCCCUGCCGAGCUCUCGGCCUUUUCUGCAGCACGCAUCCGCUCUGCCCUCGACUGUCUCUAUGCCGCACAGGCGGCAGCGUACACCACCAAGCUCGAAGACGAGCUCGAGCGGGUCGACGCGCUCCUCGCUCCGAUGCCCGACUCGCCUGGCGCUGUGCCGUCAUCGCCGCUCCGGCCACGGCCCACACCCUUUGAGAUCCUGAGACCGGCACCGCUCGUUGUACCAGGCGUUGUGCCGCGGGCAGGGAGCGCCCGCGCCCUCCGUCACGCGCGGGCGGCAGCGAGCUGGGCCCAUUACGCCGGGUAUGCUGUCGCGGCUUCAUGCGCCCUUGCAGUCGGCGCAAUGGUCGUUCCGCGGAUUGUGGCUGUGGUCAAGGGAAAGGCCAGGCAGUAAAUGACCGACGCACCGG